CCCGUCAACGAAGAAGAAAGGUUAUUCCAGUGUUGCAAUGUCGAAUUCAUCUUCAUCCAUUCUUCUGCUAAAUCUCAUUCAAUUAUCAGAACCCUUGAGAGAAUCACUCCGCAAAACCCCUUACUCCCCGCCGGAAUCUCACGCCGAUGUCUCCAUCAAAUCGUUUCUCAUUUCUCUCCUCCCAGACCUCUCAAUUUCCGGGUCCGACGUUCGAACCAAAAUUAAAGAUUUCGCCUUGUGCUGUGCGGCGUUAGCUUCGGCUCCGAACGCCACCACCGAACACCUCUCGUGGGUCCCCAACGCUCUCUCGCUGUCCGCAGUCUCCGCGUUCGAAGAAUUUGCUAAACUUUAUUGCGAUGAUUCUAUGCACGCCAACUGUUUGAUGAAAGUUGAUGGACUAGAAUUGGACUUGAGCGGCGUGAUGGAGAGUGAAAAGAGGCUGGUUGUCGACUUGAUGCCGGAGAUUUUGACUAUGUUGAAGGGCAGCAUUAAGGAGAGUGCUAUUGAUGCCAGUGAUGAGAGCGACGGUGUUUCAGCAGCAAGUGCGAGGGCUCCGGUGGCUUAUGCUAUUUUGGCUGCUUAUCAGUUCCGAUGGUUUGUUACUCAGGUGGAUGCUCCAUAUAUUGGGAAGUUGUGCCCUUUGGUGAUUCCAUGUGCUCUAACAGCUCUUGAUCACUGGUCUCCCGAAGUGAAAGGCCAGGGCAUGAUAAGUUUUAUUUAUCUCGCAAAAAACGUAAAUGCUGCAGAAGUUGGUGGAUAUGCAGAUGUAAUACUCGAUGCUUGCUGCCAAAAUAUUGCUUCCGAUGAUGAGAUAUGGCACUAUGUGGUCGAGAUGUCGGUGCUUCUCCUCAAUUUAACUCAGAAAAGUAAUCCUCGUAGUUCAUGGUACGAGAAGCUGACAAAUGAAAUGUUAAAUCAUCUAGAAAGGCAACCAAGAAACAAGCAGCGACGAAUUUCAUGGCUCAAACACUGUGAAGUUCUGUUCAAUGGUCUUGGUCUCGUAUUGCUUGCCCAUUUCAGACGUCUUUUCCCUCUCUUCUUUAAAUGGAUGCAUGCUGACGAUGACGAAACAGUUACACUGGUUCUGGAACGAGUGAUAACGGUUGUGAGACUUACGUGGAUAAGGAAUUCUCCGUACAUUGAAAGGUUAGUGGACGAGCUUGUCACUCUAUACAAAGACGCAGCAUUGAAAGUUGCCCGUGAACAUAUUAGAUCACUUAUUCCUCAAACACUAAACCUUAUUCGCCUGUGUAAAAGACCGGAGUUCGACGCGACUUGGUUCAAAUAUAAGGACGACCCUAACCUAACAGCUCUAAUGGAAGUCUGUUGAUAAAAAUAACGAGAUAUUUAUGUGUUCGUAACUCGAAUCUAUCAUUUAUACAGUGCUAUAUGUAUUUUCUUCCCUA